UGCCCCACCUCCGCCUUCGUCAGGUAGCUCUUAAUGGUAUAGUACUACCACCUGCCCUGUGUGUGUGUGUGUCAGUCAGUCUCUCUAUCUCUCCUGACGGUGCUGACAUCACCUGGCAAGAAUCUCUGACAUCACGCGCUCGAUCUGACAAGUUGAGGCCAUUUGUUAACGGAGAAACAUCAUUAAGAUUUGUUGUGACCUGUGACCCCAACCUGACCUGACCUUACCUCCGUCAUGAAGCUGGCUCUUAUCCUAUUGGCUGUGGUGUGUGGCGCCCUAGCAGCUAAAAUCCCCAGAAGAAAAGGCUCACCACUGUACCGCUAUGGCUCUGAUGACGUGGCUUACUCAGUCCCUGUGAAAAUGACUUACCAGGAAGCCCUUAAAGCCCAAGCCAAUCAUGGAAUCAACAUCCCCUUGGUAUAUGAGGAUGAUAAUGCCCCAGUAUCACCAAGCCAGUACGCACACAAUGCCCCAGUAUCACCAAGCCAGUACGCACACAAUGCCCCACAAGACACGAGGAUCAGUCAGAAUCAAUAUCAACAUCAGCUAUCAAGUAUACCUUCACAGCAGGGAUCACCACUCAUCUCCCUAAGGGCUAGUAGACCUGAGGAGGACAACGAGCCCUUAGUUAGCUCUCCCUAUAGCAAUGCCCUUAGCGACAGCAAUCUAGAACAUGUCCUACGUAAUGCCCCGUCAGGUGCCCAGCUCUAUAGGGCCGCCUUGGUCUCAAUACCAGAAGGUCCUAUUCAUAACAAACUCAUCUCAAAUUAUACUAAGAUCAGACCCGUUGUUAAGGAUACGUUCAGCUGUGUAGACAUGGAGUAUGGCUACUAUGCUGAUGUGGAUAAUGAGUGUCAACUGUACCACUUGUGUGUUCCUCUUCGAAAAAUCUACGGUACCGAUAUUGUACCUGACCUCAUCUUCCAUUAUUCGUUUAUCUGCCCCAACUUGACGGUGUUCAUGCAGGACUCCAUGACGUGCGGUUGGCCCUCAGAAGCUAUGCCCUGUGAAGACUCCCCGUCUUUGUAUAUGCUGACACGUAACUUUUUCCGUAAAAUUCUCGGUGAAGACGGGGAGCUUAGGUAUGCCCAAGUUAACUCCCCUCUACCUUCCCAGUAAUAUGCCCGAGUGACGAAGGGCAUGGGCAUGGCGUGUGGAUGUAGAGAGAGGAGGAGGAGGAAGAGGAAGAGGAAGAGGAGGAGGAGGAGGAAGAAGAAGAGGAGGAGGAAGGAAAGUUUAAAGGGUCAUUUUAGGAGUGUGUUUCUACGAGCUAUUUGAAGAUAUUUUAGGGCAUUUAAAGAUAUUUGGAGACAUUUUAGGGCAUUUUAGGGCAUUUGAUGAUAUUUUGGAGAUAUUUGGGGGUAUUUGAAGAUAUAUGGGGACAUUUUAAGGGAUUUGAUGAUAUUUUUGGUCCAUUUAAGUCAUUCUGGGAUAUUUGAAGACCAUUUUAAGUCAAUUAAGGGUAUGAGAUGACCGUUUUAAGUCAUUUUAGGAGAUUUGGGUCAUUUAAAGACCUUGACUGAUGCAAGGGAAUAUAUUUUAGGAUAAUGGUGCUUCAUGGGUAUAUUGGUGGGCACUGGUGGGCACUGGUGGGCACAGGUGGGCACAAGAAUGUAUAAUUAUGCUAGUACCCUUUAUAUUAAUGCCAUAUUCUUCCAUUACUGAUUUUCUAAGUGUUUAUGUUGACAAAUGAAUUAGAUUGACUGUCCUCCUGGUGGUGAGAUUCUGAACUACUGUACUGGUGUGUCCUCCUGGUGGUGAGAUUCUGAACUACUGGUGUGUCCUCCUGGUGGUGAGAUUCUGAACUACUGGUGUGUCCUCCUGGUGGUGAGAUUCAGACUACUGUACUGGUGUGUCCUCCUGGUGGUGAGAUUCUGAACUACUGGUGUGUCCUCCUGGUGGUGAGAUUCUGAACUACUGGUGUGUCCUCCUGGUGGUGAGAUUCUGAACUACUGGUGUGUCCUCCUGGUGGUGAGAUUCUGAACUACUGUACUGGUGUGUCCUCCUGGUGGUGAGAUUCUGAACUAGACAGAGACACUCAAACUUCAUUUCUUAACCUAUCUCUCAUCUGCUCCUCACUGAGAAUUCUCUAACUGAUAUUAUAUAGAAUAAUUGUCUCUCUGCUGUAAUAUGAGAGAUAUUCCCUGGAAAUAAAUGUCUAAAAUAUAAAAUAAAUCUUUUUCUGAAC